AUGGUCUCGCUCGACCCUCGUGGGUUCCGUUCAGCUGCUCUAGAGCCUACAGAGAAACGCAGACCUGAAAGUGAGGAGCGCGACGGCGGGGUGCUCUUCCUCGUCAACAAGAGCGGCUUCCCCCUGGACGGGCAGACGUGGGAGCGCAUGUGGGGCCACGUGGAGCGCGUGCACCCCGACGGCAGCGCCGUGGCCGCGGCCAUCCGCAGCGCCGCGCGCCUCGCCAGGCCGUCGGUGCCACCAGUGCCAAACUACAAGCUCUGCAUGUCCAUCCCGGAAUGGCUUCAGGCAAUACAGACCUACAUGAAGAUGCUGCAAUACAAUCACACGGGAACUCAGUUCUUCGAGAUUAGAAAAACGAGGCCUCUAAGUGGGUUAAUGGAGACAGCAAGAGAAAUGACCAGGGAGUCCUUACCUAUCAAAUGCCUUGAAGCAGUUAUCCUGGGGAUAUACUUGACGAAUGGGCAGCCCUCCGUGGAACGAUUCCCCAUCAGCUUUAAAACCCACUUCUCAGGGAACUAUUUUCAUCAUGUGGUGCUUGGGAUUUACUGCAAUGGCCGGUAUGGCUCGCUGGGCAUGAGCAGGCGAUCAGAUUUGAUGGACAAACCUUUAACUUACCGAACUCUGAGUGACCUCAUCUUUGAAUUUGAAGACUCUUACAAAAAGUACUUGCAUUCAGUGAAAAAAGUAAAAAUCGGAUUAUACGUCCCGCAUGAGCCGCACAGCUUUCAGCCCAUCGAGUGGAAACAGCUGGUCCUCAAUGUAUCCAAGAUGAUGCGCACAGAUGUCAGGAAGGAGCUGGAGAAGUUUGCCAGGGAUAUGCGAAUGAAGAUUCUGAAGCCCUCAAGUGCCCACUCUGCAGUCAAAGAGAGGUCUCGGGGCAAGUCCCUGUCCCCUCGCCGAAGGCCGGCCAGCCCUCAGAGGCGGCCCUGCAGAAGAGACAAAUCGCCCGCCGUGCUGGACAAGAAGGCGGAUCUGGCGACGCUCAACGAGGUGGGUUAUCAGCUGCGCAUCUAGCCCAGGCCUGCGCUUCCCGCCGCGCUCCASCCGCACCGAGGAAGAAGGCAUGGGACUAUUCGCAGCUCGUGGACCUUCUCAUUAAAGUUGUGCCGGAAAACAGCAUAGGAAACUUUCUUUGGUGGCAAUAUUUAUUUUCUUUCAGUUCAUGGAAAUGGCAUCAGUAAAGAGAACCUAAAAUUAUGCUUACCAGGAGAUGGGAUUUUUUCUUCCAUCGUUGGAGGCAGUGGUUCCCA